GUGCGUGCAUCAAACAUGCAUUAAAUACACAUGUUUUAAAACCUGCGUUUUUUCUCGAAAAGUGUCACAAGACACCAUCUGCUUACACUAUCGUUAUGCUCAAUUGCAGUAAAGGAGAUCGACAGGGAGCCGUAAAACCUAAUAAUAAUUGCAUUGUAGUGUGAAACAAUCCGGUAAGGAGAACAAAGUAAUUUGCAUAAUUCGACAGAUGCUGGUAGCAGAUGACACGACAAUUAUAUCACUGAUAUAUAUUACGGAUAUCCUGGUGAUAAACGUCUUGACAAAGAGACAAAGGAAGUAAACUUACUCAUCCGCGGUUAGUUGUACCUCGUUCAUAAUUUAAAUAGAUAUGCAGUACAUUAUUACAUGUGUUCAAACAUUAGACUGAAGAUGUCGGAGAAAAAGUUUAUCAAAAAGCGUCACAUUUUGAUAUUCAUAUUGUUGAUUGUGUUGCUACAUUUAGUAUUAUAUGUAAUAUCUGAAUUCAGAUUUAAUGAAAAUGGAUUAAAGAAACCUAUCAUUUUGUUGGCAGUUUACUCAAAAUCGAAAGAGAUUUCAAUCACCAAUCUUAGAAGUUUACUUGAGCGUUUGUUUGCCAACGGCUCUACAUUUGGACAAAAGAAAAUAGACAAUGAGAUAAAAACGGUCAGUCUGGUAAAUGAAACAGAUUUAGCAGCGGUGGUGGAUAGAUGAAAGCUUUCUCUGACAAAAAAUGAAUAUUUAAAGAACUAUAGCGCGAGGACUUUUGUAGUCGGGACACCUUUUUUAAAAUGCACAUCUAAUGGUUUCUAUAAAACGGUAUUGAGAAGUCAUCAGUCUUGAAAAACAAACGACACUCAUUCUUUAUGUAUGACCUGUACUUGCUAGAAGGUUCCAAACAUCUACAGAUAACUUGUUAUGGCGACAAGGAGCAAAUGAUGAGCAGUGCCAAUUCAAGUCCGGAAGUAACUGUAUACAAAAGAUCGUGACGGACAAUCUCCAAGAAACAAUUUGAGCAAGUAAUAACGGCAAGACACGCUGUCGAGAAAUCUAUCAAGAGUUCUUGAGCUGUAAAUGUUAACCAAAAAAAAUCUGCUGAUCUGCAGACACUGCUAAGGACAUGUUUGAUAACCGAAAUGGUAUUCCAAUGGAUUAAACUUUCUGUUCGAUGAACCCAAUCCCUAACAUGUUUUUUUCCGUAAUUUGCGGCUUUAUUUAAGAUAUUUUAGAUGUAAACCUUAAAUCAUUUUAAACGUCUCUGAGGGAGGCAAUAGGGUUUUUUAUCAUUUGUAAAAUAUUUUUAUAAUACCAGUUUUAUGGUCAAAAAUGUAUUAAUCCCGUUGUAAAAAUCGAACAAAAUCACAGUUUCAAAAAAAGAAAAAGGAAAGAAAAACGUUUUUAGAAUUUUCACAUUUGUUUUUGUACGGAGUUACGACUUGUGUGCUAACUAAGAUAUCCGGAAAGUUUGAUAACAAUCCAUUCACAGCACAGAAAGACAAACAAACAGGAAUAAAAAAUGGUUGAAAUUUGCAAUGGAACGAUGCCCAAUCAAAAUUCCUAGUUCCAGAGUUCUUCGAUGUAUUAUAUCAAUGAUAUUGUUUAUAUUAAAAGAGAUAUCAAAGGAAAACUUUGUUACGGAAAAGGUGGAUCAAACAGUGACAUAUCAAUUGUACAGGGAAACCUCUGGAACUGAAACGUCUGCUGCAUCUUCUUGCAUUAUUUUCCAACAGUUAUCUGGGGGCAUCGCACAUAUGUCGUACUGGUGGGGACCAUAAUAAACUUAGUACAAACAAAUGGAUAUACCACAUUUGAAUAGCGCAAAAGAUAUACGUUUUAUAUGAUAUUUAUAAACAUUAACAGUGUCAUAAUUAUGCAUCAUUAGAUUUACAAUAAAGGUAAUUACA